CCACUUCAGCUUUCUUCGGUCUGCUUGAUUAGUACCUCCCUCCCAAAAUGACCGGCUCUCGAAUCCCCAUUCCUCAAGAAUAUAAGUCGCAGCUGCGCUACGUAGAGUCCAAGGAUAAACGCAACGAUGCUGAGAUCCUCGAAUCCCUCACCGAGCAUGUGCCCAUCUCAUCCGAAAAGAACAUCUGGACUUAUUGGCAUGCCGGCGUGCGAGCUAUGCCCCCCUGGUGCCAGCGCAACAUCAUCAACUGGGUGCGCCUUCACGGUUCCGAAUGGACCGUCCGCGUCCUCGACACGGUUCCCGGCUCGCCAAACCACGCGCUGAAGUGGAUCUCGCCCAAUGAGCUUCCCGAAUGCUUCGUCAAAGGAACCAUGACCGGGCCGUACAUAGGCCCGCACAGCGCCGACUUCCUGCGUGGUGCUGCAUUAUACGCCUAUGGUGGUGUAUGGAUGGAUGUCGGCAAUGUGCUGUUUAGGCAUCUAGACAAGAUUUGUUGGGACCAGCUUGCGGAUGAAGAUACUCCGUAUACAAUCAGUACGCCGUGGAUGUUUGCUCAGUAUAUGGCGAAUCAUUUCAUUGCGGCGAGAAAGGGGGAUCCCUUCAUCAAGCGAUGGCACGAGCUCUUCAUUCACUUGUGGGACGGCCGAGACGAGCACACAGGCCUUAGCGCAUCGCCGCUAAUUGGAUUCGUGGCCAACCUAAGCUUUGAAAAGGUCCACGAGCGAGGCUUCAAGUGGGAGUACAAAGUCGACGAGCUCUUCGUGUUGGGCUACGUCGGCCAGGUAAUUGCAUGGAUCCGACUCGCAUGGCUGAAGGAGCCAAAUGGCGGCUUUGAUGGCGUAGAGUAUCAUGCCCAGAAAGUCUUGUAUUUCGACUCUUUGCCUGAGGACUGGGCUGCUGAGAUGAUCCUCGGCUUCAAGGGGGAAGAUCUGCUGAACGCGUUAAAUAUGAGCCGGGGUGCCGAUCAGGAGACCGAGGGGUAUAAAAAGGCGUACGAGGCGGUGUGGACAAUGUUGACGAAGAGCUCUUUGCAGAAAAUCACGCAUGGGAAGGGACUAACGCAUGACAUGCACUGUGGUGCGCUUCUUGACCUGCCAGAAAAUGAAGGGAAGGAUACAGAGGCCGGGACAUUUGGGGAGCUGCUCCGGUACGGAAGUGUGCACUUCGAGCAGACGAGGGAGAGCAUUGAGUAUGUGGAAGCCCUCAAGCCAGACCCAAAGCAGGUCAUCCACAAAGGCCUGACGGAGCCGUGA